AUGGAUUCCCUAAUUCACAAAUUAUUACAAUCUCAAAAACAAAUUCAAGCUGCAAUUUCAAACGAUCUGCAAACUUCAAAAGAAAUUGAAGUUGAUUAUGCAAUUGAUGUUGAUUUAAACAACGAUUCUAUGCAACAAACCCUAAAUUGCAGGCAAUGUGGCAAUAAUAUUGACCUACAUUGCGAAAUCAAUGACAAUGCAAUGCAUCAAAACCUCAAUUCAGAUUCAUAUGAGAGUAGAGUUAUUCUCGAUGAAGAACAAAUCUCAGCUGAUGAAGUGCAAAUCUCGGUGGAUGAAGAGCAAAUCUCAAAGGAUGAAGAUUCAACUUCUGAAGGAUUUUCAGUAAGGAAACAUACAUGUAGGACUAGGGAUAAAACUGGAAAAGUUAUUGUGGAGAAAUACUAUGUUUGUUCUGCACAAGGUAAAACAAACACUGGGGAAAGAAAAAAGAAAAAAAUAGAAGCAAUUGUGGAGAAUGCAGAAAAGAAAAAGAAAAGAAAACCUAGGCAAGUUCCUAUCACAAGAACAGAUUGUAGAGCUUGUAUAAGAGUCAAGAUGAAUGAGGAUGGAUUGUUUGAAGUAGUACAACAUAUUUUGGUACAUAAUCAUGAACUCACAAGAAAACAAUGGCACUAUCUUCAUCGAUCUGAAAGAGAGAUGACAGAAGAAAAGGGACAAGUAAUAGAAAACUUGCAAACGUCAGGACUUUCAGCUAUGGACUCAUAUCGAGCUAUGUGCAAUGAAGCUGGAGGUGAAGAAAACUUGGGACACACAAAGAAAGACCAUCUGAAUUAUUGGAAAAGGUUGAGAAUGAAAAAUAUUGAAGGUGGUGAUGCACAAGCAGUCUCUGAAAUAAUGUACCAGGAACUUGCUAAUGAUCCUGAAUUUUUCUUUAGAUUUAGAUUGAAUAAAGAAGGCAUGUUAAGAGCACUAUUUUGGAGAGACUCGAUGAUGAGAGAAGAUUAUAGUAUGUAUUAA